AUGCAGAAUGACUUCUGCCUACCUAAUGGUAGCCUAUCCGUCAGCGGCUCCCUCGACAUCGUCCCAGCCAUAAACGAGCUUCUCGCUCUUAACUUCACACUCAAAGUCUUAACCCGCGACUGGCACCCGGAAAACCACAUCUCCUUCGCCACCAACCACCAGGGCCAGAACAUAUCUGAGAUAGCCAUUGCCAACCCCCAAAAUACCUCGCAAACCUACACAACCCCCCUCUGGCCCAAGCACUGUGUACAGAACACUGCUGGCGCGGAUUUCGUAUCGGGACUCAACAUCAACAAUGCAAACGCGUGCGUCAGCAAGGGCCAGAAUCCCGACACGGAGAUGUUCUCGGCAUUUUACGACAAAUUCAAGGUCAACGACACCGGGCUGUUGGGACUGCUCACCGAGGCCAGAGUGACAGACGUGUACGCUGUGGGUGUGGCGGCAGAUUUCUGCGUCAAGGAGACGGCUUUCGAUGCUUCUGAGAAAUUCACAACCUAUAUUGUCGACGAUGCCACGAAGGUUAUUAAAAUGGGAGAUGAGGAAGUCCAGAGGGUCAGGGAUCGCCCGAACGACGGGGUCAGCACAAGCGAGCCCAGCGGGCCCAAUUGCCCCGAGUAG